AUGUGUCCACACUGGAGGCUCCUGGUCCUCCUCAGCUUGCGGUCCUUGUCCUUGGCACUGCACAAGCAGCCUGGCCUGGCCUGGCCUGGCCUGGCCAAGGCCCACAUGGACAGCAAGUCCACGCUGGCAAGAAUUAUUGUCCAGGGCCUCAUGAAGCAUAAUGCAGAGGGCCAAAUCCAGAACAUCUGCCUCCUGGACAGCAGGAAUACCUUGGGGCAGAUGGCCCCAGGGAUGAUGAGCUGGCUGAUUGGUGGCACGAGCCUCCAGCAGCAGCAAGAAGGCAGCAUCAAUGUGGGUAAAAUGAUGAUGGAGAGAUGUGGAAUCCAGGUAUCUUUCCAUAAGGAGUGGUUCUUGGCAAACAUCUCACUUGAAUUCGACAUUGACUUGAGACUGCAUUUCAAUAACAAGAUUGCAAAGACAGAUGCACGCAUGAACCUCGCUGUGGAGUCCUGGCUGGAGAAAGACGAGUUUGGCCAGAGGGAUCUGGUGAUAGGCAAUUGCCACGUGGAGCCCUGCAGCAUGCACACGACAGUCAUGACUGAAGAUAUGCCACCAAAUAUGAAACAUUUUCUCCAUGAUUUUAGAGAAAAUCUGGGAAAAGUUCUCCCACACCUGUUAGAAAUUCAGGUAUGUCCUCUGAUCAGUGAAAUCCCCAGGCAGCUGGAUGUGAAACUGUUGAAAAGCCUCAUGGGGCAAGCUGCUGCUCAUCAACUCAAUCAGCUGUGA